CUCAGCAAUGUAACUCGUUUGUUUCAUUAUCGUGGAUGAGCAUCGUGGACGGAGUCGGAGCAUAGAGAAUUUUGUUUCAAUAUCGUGGAUAAGGACCGUGGACGAAGUCGAAGGAGAAAGAGAGGAGCUACGGCGGGAAGUUCGGUGACCGCUGGUAGUAGUGGGAGUGGUCCCCGUGUAUGCGUUUUCACUUUCUGGUUGGAAACUGGUUAGAGAUGGGACGACAGUGGCAGGUAGAAACUGCGACGUUGAUGGCGAUGGUGGAGAACCUCUCAACUUGACAGCCUCCGACCUCACAACAGGAGUGGGGUUUUUCGAAUACUGGCAAAUUGUCUUUACAUCCAGAAUCAUGUUUGAUCAUUGUCGCCUUUUCGUUUUAUUCCUUAUAUUUUCUUUGGUGCGGUGCCACGUCCACGGUUUGAGUGAAACUGAACUAGCGAGAAGCGUCCUCGCCCAGAAGGACAUGGAUCUCAAUACCUUGGUUGAGCAGGUCCAAAAAAAUCAUGAGAACUUUAAAAACAAUUGUGAAUUGCUACAAAACUGUUCAGCGGUUUCUGGAUGCUCUCGAUUAUCUUGUUUCAAAUAUUAUGGAGCUUCAGGGCCGGGAGACUACAAGUGCCAUCAUGUCAGUAAUAACUCCUUCUGCCCAGUGGCUGUUGGGACUUGCCAGCACAGAAACUUCGACUUCAGCCAAAGCUUUCUGAGGCGCGUCGUUGAUGACUCUGCCACCGAACAAUCAAUAUGCGCACAGAAGAAUUUGGAUGUCUUCUUCAAAAACAUGUCGAAUCAUACGCAUUUGUUUCAAGUUUAUUUCGGAGCUAGUGACGGCUCUUUCCGCGUCUUCCCGGGAUCGGAUGAAGCCAAUUGCGAGAAUAGCUAUGAACCGAGGAUUAGGCCGUGGUACCGUAGAUCAAUACAUGCCAGGAAAUCCAUCGUUGUGUUGAUAGACACUGGGUCUACCAUGACUAAUAAAAUUGAAGCCGAGAACGGUAGUUUAUUGGAUUUGUUGAAGGGGAAAUUGAGCACAAAUUUUCUGACGACCCUAGAUGAGAAGGACAUGAUAUUCUUCAUGACGUUCGGCUUCAACGAAUUUAAACAGUUGAAUUCAGCAGCGGUUGUGGAGUCGGAUCCUGGGGUUCAAAAUGGUAAUUCCACCGUCGAUAAAUUGACGAAGUUGCUAGACGCUAUUGAUUCGAAGUCGUCUCUCAAAGAUCCCACUGAAACCGAUGUCAUUAGCGCAAUUAAUAACGCCAGCGAUGUGCUAAGUACAAGCGAUUCUCAAUAUUUCAACGUUCUCUAUUUCCAAUUCUUUACACUUUACAAGUCAUACUGAUGUUCACAACUGGGGACAACAUUCCGCAGAACAUCACAGUGGACGCGAGUGUAAGAUUGUUCAUUUACAAGCUGAUCAUCGGCCCAAAUCUGACUUCGGAUAAUUGCACAGAGAAAAUACUUAUAGAACAUCUUAAAUACAAUGAUUUCCAACAGAAUGCGCCGUUUGCCAUGAAAUCAUACUUUUCUUGGCUCGGCAAGCUACAUAGGUUGAUCAUGAAUGGCAGCAUUGAUUACAGUGAACUACAUGAAGAUUUCAAUGGAAUCGAUUCACACACCUUCACAUUGAGCAAACCAGUUUUCGACUCGAAUAAACAGCUGCUUGGCGUUGUGGGAAUAGAUAUCUUCAAAAAUGAAACGUCGAAUGACUACAAGUUUACAGACAACACCACGUUACAAAAUGCCGUCCACGACCGCAACCAGACUACUAGCUCCUCCGGAGAAUACGAUGCUUCCACGAUGACUAACGUGCCCAGCGUGUGCUACAAGCCAUCCAUCUGCCCAGGGCCCAAAAGCGAGAUAAACUCCUUAUGCCCAGCCAAGAACGACAAUCAAAACACGAAAGUAAGUUGCUGCGGCGACUGCAUCGCAAGGGGAGAACCAAACCACACUGCCCUCAUCGCAGGUUUGGUGGUCGCUGGAGCGGUCGUAAUCUCUUUCGUGUCAAUAUGGUUGGUAAAUUUCUGUAUCAGGUAGCGCAAAAAUAAAAAGCUAGAAAAAGCGCUCAAGCAGUUAGACCGUAUACAACCUCCAAACGAGUAAAGCCUCAAACACUGCAGCUCAGGGUACAGAAUCCACUGGCGGUAAGGAUACUCCCGCGGGUACAGGACCCUUCUCGCGGAGACACGCCGCCGUCGCCACCUCCUCCGAGUCAUAGAGCCUGCGUCCCAAGCCCUGUCAACUCGGUGUCGGUGUCUAGAACUCCGUGUGGUUAGUGUUCACGGAUCAUGGCUCACAGACUGUGUGAUGGGUUUCGGAGCCAGUGUCGGAAGCACUUUGCUUCUGAAAUGUCUCAAUUAGUCUCAGGUUUCGAUACACUCAUUCAUUUUUUAUUACGUUGUUUUCAUGUUUUUAUGUUGAGAAGUAGAACCUGAAUUUUGAAUGUUUUGAAUGUGUAUAAAUAUAUAUAAAGCACACAAAACUUACUACA